UGUCAGCCCCCAUUGCCACGUUUGUUGACAUUAAAAAGAUUUGAUUUUGGGGGCAUAAGGGUGGCGCAUAAAAGCAUUAUGGAAAGUUCUAAUUGGAGGAAAUUAAUUCAAAAACAAAUCUACGACAUCUUAUCUCACAGAUAUGGGUUGUUUGUCAUUGUAAUUGGGUUGAUUUUGAUUGUCACUUCAGCCUUUCAUUUUGGAGAGAGUGUAGUAGAAUGGAGCACUGAGAAAUAUGCGUCAGUCUUCAACUCCUUCAGCGACAAUUUGGCGGGCAAGUCAUACAGAGAGAGAUUAUGUCUACCAGUCCCAAUAGAUGUUGUGUACACAUGGGUGAAUGGGACAGACUCACUGUUGAUCCGCCGUCUCCAGCGGGUGAAACUAGACAUGCAGGAUCAGCUCAACUCCUCCAGACUUCACAAAACCAGCACAGGGGAGAUUAAAUGUGUGUUCAGCAACUGUGUACGUAACAACAUGGUGGUGUUGUCCCCGGCAGUAGAGGACACUAUAACCUUGACCUUGCUAGGGGUCAUGACCCCUGGUUUUCAGAAGGCCAAGAACAUGUUUAAGGUCACAUCGCCUAUUGAUCUCAAAAACUACACUGUGGUGGUUUUCUCUGACACUGGUCAAGCUUCUGCUCUGGUCAACAGCACACUGGUCAUAAGAGGACAGAAUGCUAGUAUUAUCCAAGGACAUGUUACCUCAGACUCCAAGUUACAGAACGUCAUCGAGCUACGUGACCAGAUCCUUAUGUCCGGAUUCCCCCACACCCUCUCCACUGAAGAGUUGAUGCAAAAACUGCCCCAGAAACACCAGGAUAGGAUUGAAAAGAUGGAGGUGGACUCAGAUAAAGGUAUAGCUGUGCUGUACGCCAGGAGUGACAAGGAUUGCAGUGACAUCCUUGCUGAGACAAACUUCACUUUAGAUGGGAAGGAGCCCACCCUGAGUGCAGCUCAGCUUGUCUGGGAUCUCAGAGAUUUUUCCCGUGAUGAGGAUGUGUCUGCCAGUCGGUUUGAGGACAAUGAGGAAUUACGAUACUCGCUGCGAUCCCUGGAGAGGUUUGCACCCUGGGUACGGCACGUGUACAUCGUAACCAAUGGCCAGCUGCCAUAUUGGCUAAACCUGGAAAAUCCUCGCAUCACUCUUGUGACACAUGAUGAGAUCUUCCAGAACAAGAGUCAUCUACCAUCCUUUUCCUCACCUGCCAUCGAGAGCAACCUCCAUCGGAUCCCUGGCCUUUCUGACAAGUUUAUCUACAUGAACGAUGAUGUGAUGUUCGGCAAGGAGGUGUGGCCUGAUGACUUCUACACUCACAGCUCAGGCCAGAAGGUGUACCUGACAUGGCCAGUGCCAAACUGUAAUGAGGGUUGUCCCAGCAGUUGGAUCAGAGAUGGCUACUGUGACAAGGCAUGUAACGUGUCUGAGUGUGAGUGGGAUGCUGGAGACUGUGACGGAUCCAACCCAAAUGUGGCGGCCCAAGCGGGAGGAUGGGCAGGAAGUUGGGGCGGAGAUGGCGGCUCAAAUUAUUGUCACUCCGGCUGUGCCAACAACUGGAUUGCAGACAGAUACUGUGAUACCGCGUGCAAUGUUCUUGAGUGUGGGUAUGAUGCUGGUGACUGUGGUACGGACAAGUACACGAACAUGUACGGUAUCAUGCUGGACCCUGACAUCCACCGCUACACACUACCAUCAGGCUUGGGGUAUGGAUACUUCAACCUUACCCAUCUUCUACCAGACAAGAACACCACACUAAAGGAUGCAUUUUAUGAUGACAACAAGAUUAUCCGAACUAUUGCUGUGGCGAAGAAGUUUCAUGUACUCACUAUUGUUCUCUACAGCAAUAUGAGUAAAACAGAGAUCAACUUUACACUGGAAUAUGGGUCAGAUAACAGGACAAAACAACUGAACUUAACAUUGGAAGUUGACACUAAGCCCCAGGCCACAGCAGUAGCUGCUGUCAAACCUGUAGUGGGGAAAAAUAUUUCCAUGGUAUCCAACAAAACUGUCCCCAUGCCAACAGUGGAGACAAUAGAAUUUCACGAUAUUCCAGAUGAUCAAAUAGGCCCAGUUAUUAUGCUACCCACCAAAAGUCCUGACCUGUCAGUCAAGUAUGAGGGCCUUCCAGCUAACCUGACAUCAGUGGCCUGGCCUCCACAUCUUAAACUACAGUUUGAUCAGCUACAGCAGGAGCUGCAACAAGAGGAACUAACUGAAAUAGGGUACCGGCUAAGAGUAAAACUGCUUUGGUUAGAUUACCAAGAAUUUCUCAAAUUGCCAGAAGCAGCUCAAGCCAAACUGAUUGAACAAGUCCAGGGCUUUUCAAAGGAGGUGGGAAAUGUGGAGAAACGUAAAACUCAGGGGAGUAACGUUAGGGACAUUCAUGAUAGAAGAAAGGGGAAGAGUAGGGAAGCUGGUGUUGUAAAACAGGCUGAAGAAAAUGGUCAUGGCAUUGAAAAACCAAGUGAAGAUACUCCAAACUUUCCAGUUAAGGACAAAAUUAGUGCCAAAAAAAGACUUGAAAAUAUUAUAGAUGUGAAAAGUGAGGAGAAACAAGCAAAAGACCCUCAAGCAUUGGUGAAUGAUGAAAAGAGUGAUGAAAAGAAGAAAAACAAUGAUGAUGAAGUAGUUGAUGAUAAAGACAAGGUGAUAAAGGCAUUGGAUGCAAAUGCAGGUGGAAAAAGGCGUAAACUUUUGGCUUGGGUGAAUGACAGUGUGGUGAUUAGUGCAAGUGAAGAGGUGGAGCUUGAAAACAAUGGAAUGCAAAGAGACCCUAGUGAGGGAGUAGGGGAUAGUUUUGUGGAAUUCGUCGACAUCCAGCCUGACACUGUAAGACUUCUGCCUUGGGAGAAAGGGGCACUCCGUGAUUUACAGCAGAGGCUAGAACAGCAAGAGAGCAUGGCAAGCUAUGAAACCAACCAUGUGCGAGGCCGUGUGUUACUGGAUACAUUUGGUGACUCUCUGCGUCAUGUGAACACCCUGUACAACAAGGCGUUUGGUUACGGGGCGCGCAAAGUCCCAGGUCAUAUGCCCCACAUGAUAGAUAGGAACAUUAUGACGGAAUUACAGGCAAGGUUUCCAGCAGAGUGGGAGGCCACAUCAUCCCAUCAGGUACGCCACUCGAAGGACAUGCAGUUUGCCUUCUCCUACUUCUACUACCUGAUGGGAGUCAAGGAGAAUGUGACGGCUGCACAGGUCUUCGAUGAGAUGGACACUGACAAAUCCAGGAUUUUGUCUGACAGAGAAAUCAGGACACUUGCUACAAGAUUGUAUGAUCUACCACUUGAUUUGCAGACACUUACAAGCCUGGAGUUAAUGUUUGUUAACUGCUCCAAGUCCCUGACCUCGGAGCAACAGACACAACCUGGCAUUUCCGACCUUGAAAGUUACUACGAAAAACAAAUGCCCCAGGUGACCAGAAACUUGUUCAUCAACUGUCACGAGGUGCGCAAACUUGUCUUGGCGAAAUUUCCGCCAAAAAACAAGUACAGGCAUGUGGAAGUAGAUGAUUCUGAGAUUGCCUUCAAGAUGAUCAAAACCAAUGUCUCCUCUGUGGUCGGCCAGCUAGACGAUGUUAGGAAAAACCCAAAAAAGUUCAUCUGCCUGAACGACAACAUAGACCAUCAUCGUCAGGACCAGGCACGCACGGUGAAAGCGAUAAUCGCCGAUUUCUAUGAGUCUGUUUUCCCGCUACAGUCCCAGUUUGAAUUACCUCGGGAAUAUAGGAAUCGGUUUACACAUAUUGAUGAGCUCAGGGAAUGGCGUAAUUACCGAGACUGGCUGAAGUUCUGGACCCACCUGGCUCUCGUCUUGCUGGUGGUAUUUACAGUGGCCUCUUAUUUCUCAGAUAAGAUUGAGGCGGCUCAGCGCAGAUAUUUAAGGCGAAGAUCUCCCAGCCCUGAUUCCAGCCAAUCAGAACAGAGCUGUGUUGAUCAAGGUCACGGGGGUGCCAUAGAGACCGUAUGACGGUGUCUGCUCUGGUUGGUGACACCUGACGUCAUCAUGGCAAUGCUCGCUGUAAUUAUUUUCAUCGUCAUUGCCAUGGUUGUGUAUGAAAUGAACAAAUUCUAAAUUUUAUAUCUUUAUAGCAUAAUACUCAGAAUAUAUUUCAGUGAGUGCAAUAAGUAGUAUCUUGAACUUGAAGUUAAGAUUGGUAGACAUUAAAUCAUGUGGUUCACAGCUAGGAGAAGACUGUUUACUGCGGUAGACAGUCAUUUCCUUUAACUUUUUAUGUUGUGCCAUUCAUGAAUUGGUCUUAAAUGAUCUUGAGAUUUUAACAUACCACAUGGUCUUUCUUAUUUAUGAUUUUCUAAAACAAAAAAAAGAAGGAAAUUCAAGAAAACAUGUAUAGUUUUUAGAGAGGUGAGAUGGAUUUGUUCAUUUUGUUGUCAGGUGUUGCUAGCCAGAGCCAUUCUGUGAUAUUUUUAUCAUCAUGUUUAUGUUGUUUAUGUCGGAUGGCCAUGCUAAAUCAAUUGUUUGUUUAUGGAUCAUCAUUAAGGAAGGUUUGCAGCCAUUAAAAUCGAAAAUAAACAUUCAAAAAAGUCCUAAUUAGGCAAAGAAGAUUUUACAGCUUUAAAACAAAAAAAAAGUAAUUAAAAGAUGCAUCACAUGCAAAUUGACAGGGAGAAGUUCAAUUUUAGUUGCAAAUGUAUACAAUGUUUUCUAUAUUAUAUUUACUGCUAAAAUCGGCUGUCAAGGGCAUUUGUACAUAAUAUACAUUUGUUUAAAAGAGGAUAAAGAUUUGUUUAUUUCUAUGACAUUUUUGUUUUUUUCCUGCCAGGUAGGUAGUUUUGAAAUAGGAUGCUAAAAAUAGAACCAGUUUUACAUGUCAUAAGGUAGCAAGUGACAAAUAGUGGUAUGCUACCUUAUGGCAUUAAGACGGGAUGAAUUUUGUUUAUUUAGUGAUGUACCAUGUUGGGGAGUGUUCUCAUUGUUUUGGUCGAUACAUUUACUCCCAUAUGGGAAUAAUAACGGAGGUGGAGCUUUACCAUGGUAUAACUAUCAUGAAAGUAAAUAACAACCACAUAGUGCAUGCCAGUUAUUGAACGUUGUCCUUGACAACAUGGUACAAAACAGUUACCCCACCCACUACCCUCGUGAUUGAUAUACCUUCAAGUAACUUGGGUUGUGUGUGCAGUAACUAUGACCUAUUAUUGUGUAUACAUGUACAUGUAAACUGAAAUCCACUCAUAUCAGGUGUACAUUCCAAUGAUAUUUUGUGUGCAUGGGACUACAAUGUGUUUUUUCUAACAGUUUUAUUGUUAGUUAAAGAUUCAUUGCACUGUUUUGGGUGCUUUAUUUAUUGUAUGGUUGCACUUCAGUGUUAAUUUGUUCCUUUUUUUAUUUGACAACAGUAAUAGCUUUGAUUUGAAUGAGUGGCAUUGGUUUGCCUUCUAUAUGAUGGGACAAUAUGAGGUAGUUUGGGUAAUUGAUAACUUUUGUUGUGUAUAAAUGUAGAAUUUGUUGCUGGGAAACAUUUUACAUGGUGUUUAUAUUCAAUGAAUGAGAUGGUAUGGAUGAUAUUGAGACAUCAAAUUAUGAGCUUAGAUAUUUAUGAAGGGAAACAGUCGAGGUAUUGUCAUAGCCUUGGUAUCAUUGUGAUAAAAACUUAAUCCUUCAUUUAAUUACUCAAAAAAUAUUCCAGAUAUUCAAAUGAAAUUAUGGAGACAAUAUGUGCAUGAACAACAAGACAGGUAACUCUCUUGCUUAAAAAAUUGCUGAGUAAUGCCCCUUAUUGAACUAAAAGAAAACAGACAAGCUUGAUGUUGGCUCUGCAGAGCUCUUGUUAAAUGAACAACUUUUAUUAGUAUUUUAAUACAUUCAAGUGUUUGCAUCCUAUUUUAUACAUUCUGAUUGUUUUAAGUCAUUUAGCAUUUUUUGAUGCAUAUAAAUGCUUCAGAGUUUGAUACUUUAUUAUCAUUUAAGACGGUAUCUAAUAAAUUGUGUGUUAACAAUUUAAAUAAGCAUUUUGCUAUGAAGAAAUAGCACUACUUUCCAAGUUGUUUUAUGCAAUGAUUUUUUUUUAGAAAUUUGAUUCAUUUGUUUGGCUAGCAUUAGAACAGGGAAGUUAUAAAUGUAGUUUUUGUGUGACAGCUGUUAGAAAUGCUUAUUACUUACAAGAAUUAUAAACACUUUCUAUAUGUAAUAAUUGUGCCACAAGCUAGGUUUUUGUAGGGUAUGGUACUCUUUACUUUCAUAUAAAGUCUUCAUUUUGUUUGAAGUUUAUGCCACAUUUAAAAACUUUGACAAUUCUUUUCUGUUCUGAAAAUCAAUUCAUGAUCAUUCAUUAUUCCAAUCAUAUGUAAAAUUGUAUUUCAUGAAAACAAUAGUACAAUACUCAUUGGUUAAAUAUGUUAUCCAAUAAUUUCCAAAUUAAACACAUCUUCAUUAUCUGAUUUCAGGCAGUGUUAUACACAUGUACACUUACAUGUUUCUACCACAGGUUUUCAUGUUUGGUGAAUUGUUUUCCUACUCUCUUACAAAAACUGGGUUUUGUUUUCGUGAAUUAGUAAAUAUUUGUAUUUUUCAGCUUAUAUUUUUUUUUAUUAUACCAUGCACCUUACAACAUUUGUGCUAUAAUAAAAUGCUCAAACUUAUUUUUAUUUGUUAUGUGAAUGUAUGCUUGUAUUUAAUUAUUUAGUAUUAAGAAUACUAACUAUGUAAUUAGUGGGUGUUUUAAGAGGUUAUCUUUUUUAUUCAUUUUGAUCUUUGUGUAUAGAAAUCGCUAUAUGAACAAUACAAAAAUGAAACGAAACUUG